AUUGUUUUUAUUUUUUUUAUUUUAUAUUACUAACUCUUUAGUUUCCAAAGAAAAAAAUCGAAUUCGAAUUUUCUUGAAUAAUUUAUUCGUUCUAGAGCGAGCUCAUUAACCGGAUCUCAAUGUCUUAGUUUAUUUAUUUAUUUAUUUCUUUAAGCAACCUUGUGUACACUUAUCUUAUUUUCUCCACUAAAGAUUAGUAUCUUUUAAGAUAUAAUAAAAUACACAAGAUAUUUAUAUAACAGUAUAGUACAUAGCACAUGUGUGAUGGUGAUAUUUAUUUGUCUUUCUUGAAACAAAUGGAUAGCUGUCUUUCUAGAACCAAACAUAGACAUAAUUUUGUGUUGAAAAUUGAAAUGCAUUUGUUUGUUUGAACAUAAUAGAGUAGACACUGCAACACUCAUGCCACUUCUAUUCACAUUUUAGUUUCAUAAUUGAUAGUAUACUGUGAGUUGUUGAGAAUUGAGAUGGCAGGGAGUAAGAUUCUGUUGAUCGGCGGCACCGGUUACAUUGGAAAGUUCAUUGUGGAAGCUAGCGUCAAAGCUGGACACCCAACCUUCGUUCUUACCCGGGAGUCAACUCUUUCCAGCCCUGCUAAAUCAUCCACCAUCAACAAAUUCAAGGACUUGUCUGUCAAUUUUGUUGUUGGGGAUCUAUAUGAUCAUCAAAGUUUGGUGAAGGCCAUAAAACAGGCAGAUGUCGUCAUUUCUACCGUGGCUCGCUCCUUGCUUGCUGAUCAAGAUAAGAUCAUUUCUGCCAUCAAAGAAGCAGGAAAUGUUAAGAGGUUCUUUCCUUCGGAAUUUGGAAAUGAUGUGGACCGGAGUCAUGCAAUUGAACCAGCAAAAAGUGCAUACGCCGCUAAAGCACAAAUUCGGCGCACCAUUGAGGCCGAAGGAAUUCCUUACACUUAUGUGUCAAGCAACUUCUUUGCUGGUUACUUCCUACCCUCUUUAUCACAGCAUGGUGCUACAGCUCCACCAAGAGAUAAAGUUGUUAUCCUAGGAGAUGGAAACCCCAAAGCUGUUUUUAGUAAGGAAGAGGAUAUUGCUGCUUAUACAAUUAAAGCUGUUGAUGAUCCAAGAACCUUGAACAAAAUCCUGUACAUUAGACCACCAGCUAAUGUCUUGUCUUUUAAUGAUCUGGUUUCUCUAUGGGAGAAGAAGAUUGGUAAAACUCUUGAAAGAAUCUAUGUUCCAGAGGAACAACUUCUGAAGCAAAUUCAAGAGUCGCCGCCUCCCUUAAAUAUGAUGUUGUCGAUUGCUCACAGUGUGUAUAUAAAAGGGGAUCAUACUAACUUCGAAAUUGACGCGGCAUUUGGAGUAGAAGCUACAACUCUCUAUCCUGAUGUGAAAUACACUACUGUAGAUGAGUUCCUUAAUCAGUUUGUCUGAGAUUCGAAAAAAAAGUUUGUCUGAGAUUCGAACCCUGAUGUGAUUUGUCGUCUGGCUAAAAUAAAUCAUGUAAUAAGUUGAUAAUAUGGUUUCUUUAUUGGUUUUCACAACGAAGAGCAAUCGAGAUUCAAGACUCAGUAUCUUCAUAGACACUUUGAUACUCAAGUAAGGCUGGUCUAAUACUAGAGUAACAAUAACAAGAAACAAUAUGUGUAUCUCUUCCAUUUUUCUUUUCCAUUUAGGUACUUCUUGUUGGUUUAUUAUUAAUUAUAUUUGGCUAUUUAAAAAAAAAAAAACGAACAAUAUGCAUGUGAAUUUGAGAUGUUCCGAAGCCAUCUUAGACAAAGAUUAGAAGUUAAUGAUGCCUAGUUAGCAUUAUAAAUAAGAAAAAUGAUAGUGUCAGUGCUA